AUGAGGGAACUCACACCGGCUUCAUCAACCUCCUCCCUUUCAUCAAGGACCAAACGACAUAUUGCAGAGGAAGAUACUCCUUCCAAGAAACCACAUGCAAGAAACUCGAUGGUUGAUAUCUUCAAGACUACUCAUCUGAACGCUUCCGGUGACCAUGUCAACGAGGAAACGAUGGUGAACAGGGACACCCUGGAGGAGGAGCAUGUUGUGGUGAAGAAGGAUAAAGGGAAAGGAAAGAUGAAAAUGGUAUACUUACCUGAAUUGCCAGAGGAAGUCUGGACGAGGAUAUUCGAGAUCUACUACGAAGACAGGACUACUCAGUGGCAAAGUACUGGUGUCCUUCGAGAUGGCCUCACACCAGUCCUGUUGUCCCGGGGUCAUGCUCGAAUCGCCAUUCCAGUCCUCUACCGGCAUCCAUAUGUGGGUUACAAAGCUAUCACACCGUUCAUCUCGGCUUUAUCCAAACCUCCUCAAAACACCGAACUGCCUCAUAAAGAUUACAUCAAGCAUCUCACCAUAAGGGCAUCCCCUAUCAUCCCGACCAAUGAAUUCUCAGCAUUCUAUGCUGGUCGAAAGAACCCCGAUGUCGGAACUAGCGCCAUCGCACCAUAUACAAUCCAUCCGUCCUUCGAUACGCUCAUGAGAACAUUACCAGAGCUCUCCACGUUCACACUUAAAGAUACACUUAUUCUCCAUCAAGCAGACGCUCAACUUCUCUUCCAUGGCUUAGGACAUAUUAGCCCAAAGAAAGCUAAAUUGGAAUUUAGGAUGUGGGAUCUAUAUGACUCACCUUACGGACAAGAUAUCAUCGGUGCGACACGAGGCGGGGCAUUCAAUUCUUAUGGAAGUAAACCAUCCAUAUCACCUUCACCUGACCUGACGUCUCCGAGAACUGUACACUACGAUAUCGGACCAUUGACCUAUCAGAAGGCUUGGAGAGAUGCGCUCUAUAACGCUACAGAACUGGAUUUGCCUCCCUGGUGGAUCGAACCUCCAAGAUCUGAUCAUCCAGCUCCGGCGUUACCAUUUGGUCAGUGGAUAGCCAACAAUGCUGGUCUGACCGCUAAUCAGCUCACAAACUGGGCUGCGACUUUGCCUCCCCCAACUCAGGCAGGUGGUCAACCACCAAAUAUCGCUCCGGCUCAUCCAUUUUUCCCUGCCGCACCUGCCGCACCUCCCCCUCCACCAUCUCAACCUUCUUCAUCGACGACAACGCAAGAUCACCUUCUCGGGCAGCUACAACUCCAACGGCAACGUUUGCGCCGAAUGCUUAGGGAUCAUCCCAAACUUUCCGACUGGCUUGAGCCCGAAGAGACAUCAGAUACAGUCACCACGUCUGGCACCGCUGCAGAUUCGACCGGAGCGGCACCCGUUAGAGGUACUGGAUCAUCGGGUAGUCAGACGGCUGCCGCUGUUUCUGAGGACACGUCUGGUCUAUCUUUGGACGAUUUGAUUGAUACUACUGCCUGGGAACUGUCUGAUAGUGAAGACGAACAACCCGGCUCACUUACCUCUAGACCUGAAACAAGACCGCCACCAGCUGUUGGGCAUUCAGUGCCUCGCUUGGGAUCAUCACAUACGCAGAACCCGUCUUUACCAUCGUCCACUAGCAGCAGACAAGAAAAUGGCCCUUCGUGGUGGAGAUCCACACCUCAAGGCCGUGCACAAACAGCUUCAGCCAACUCAGGCUCAGACAUCGCAAUCGCUGGAUCAUCUUCCACUGUUAUGACUGACCUUUCACCGAGCCAAGCGACGGUUCCUGCACCUCAACAACGAUACCGACGAAUCAUUGGCCCGGGCUGGACGGGACCUUCAGACGUCUCCUCUGCGCGCGCCUCUGAACGAACAGGCUCGAGAGUUGGACAGAUCGGUAGAUCGGUAACCCAAACACCAGGCCUGACAUCCCAUGAACUCGCACAUUAUAUGCGUGGGUUACUUCUCAAGCUCAUCAGAGACUCUUGGACACCUCGAUUACAAGCUCUAUCCAUCGUUGCUCUUGAUCCUUUGGCGAGCUUGAUGGUCAGAGCACCUCAGUUGGAUUUCUGGACUCAGGUCAACGUACCUCAUAUCAGAGUACAUCUACCUCGAUCGAUCAAUUCUUUGGCGGUAUUCAAAGGUGCGAAAGAGGUGGCUAGGGAUCGAGCGAGGAGAAGGCGAGAACAAGGUGAUAUGGGUAAUAACAGUAACGAUAACAAUGAACCUGAUCAAGAUCUAGUUCCGACUGAAUCAGGAAAUGAGGAUGUAUAUAAGAUUGUGGGAGGUGAUGGAUCAGGAAAUGAAUUGAUAAAUGAGGGAGUGAGAUUAUUCGAAGUUGAGAUCAAUUCGUUGGAGGAGAUGAGAGAUGAAGUUUGGAUUAGGUAUGGUGAUCAACUACCACCCCAAUUGUGCAGAAUCUUGGCGGGCGAACAUGACUGGAGAGAUGUCAGUUUUGGUCACAUGAACGACACGUACUCUCCACCUUAUUCGGAGUAUAUCCCACCUGAAUCACCUGCCACUUCAGAUUUCGAUUCUCCCACUUUCAGCUUUGUCUCCCUUGGUGAGAAUGAUGAUGACCAAGCCACUGAUAUUGAUGAGCUGGAGGGCGAAGGAGAAGGAGGGGGGAAUGAUACGUACGAUAAGGAGAAGGCCGAGGAACAAGCUAAAAGGAUGAGAGAAAGGGGUAACGCAGUGUAG